AUGGCUGACCGCGUCGCCACCAACGGCAAUACCAACGUGGAUGGCCCCAAAGCUAGUAAGCUCCGAUCGACUGACGAUGGCGCCUCUGCAGAUGCCACUGCCGCUCUCAACACACUCACCAAUGGUCCGGUAGCUCAGAACGUCAUGGAUCAGUCCUCCAAGGCCACGGCCGAGAUUUCCAACCUGGCCGCUUCCCGCCAUCCUCCCGCAUACACGGCCGCCACCGGCCAGCCGCUGACAAACUACCACUCAUUCUUCUCGGAGUUGCUGUCGUGGCGCAACCCUCGUGCUUCGGCCAUCGCCUAUGCUUCCCUCGUGUCGCUCAUCUUCUCGGUUAGGUACCUUGAUGUUUUGCGCUACACGUUCAAGCUCACCUGGAUGGUUUUGGCUAUCACCGUCGCCGCUGAAAUCGCCGGGAAGGCACUUAUCAACAAUGGCUUCGCAACCCAGCUCCGCCCUCGCAAGUACUACACUAUCCCAAGGGAGACGCUCGAGGCUGCCAUCGGCGACGUCCACGAGCUCAUCAACUUUUUUGUUAUCGAGUCGCAGCGCGUGUUGUUCGCCGAGAAUGUCUAUGCGUCGGUCGCUGCCGCUUUCGCCGCUUUUAUCUCGUACUACCUCGUCAAAAUCGUCCCUUACUGGGGCCUGGCCGUGAUCGCCACCACGGUGAUCUUCUUCACCCCACUCAUCUACACCACCAACCAGGAGCUCAUCGACACUCAGCUCAAGCUCGCCGGCGAGGUCGUCAACGCCCAAACCGCUCAGCUCCGCACCGUUGCCCAGAAGCACACCGAGCAGGCUACCCAAGUCACCAAGCAGUACAUGGGUGACUACACCGCCAAGGCUCAGGCACUGAUUGGGGCUGGCCGCUCUCAGGGUGCGAAGCCGUCUGUCAAGGCUACCGACUUCCCCGAGGCUCCCAAGGAUGACAUCAAGCCUUCCGUUAACGAGCCCAUCGCACCCGAGCCUGUCGUCGAGAACACGUUCAAGCCGGUUGACGGUGCGAAGACGGAGCCCUUGAUCGCCGCUUAA